AGAGCCAGAGCGCAGGCACCGCGGAGCGGGCGGCGGGAAGGCAGAGGUGUCCGGCGACCCGCCGCCCGGCGCAGUCCCCGAAAGACCCAGGCCCCGCACGCCUGCCGGGGGCCAGAGGGAGCCGAGAACUGUGCAGGCGAGCACCCGCCGCCCGCUUCCACCGUGCGCAGUCCGAGGUGAACCCCGGAGGAGAACGCGCCCACCGGAGAUCCAGCUCCGCGCACACUUGUGUCUGGAACCUCGGACGCACCAGGAGGCGUCGGACCAGAGCCGCGGGCAGCUGGGCGACCGGUCCCGGAGGGCUCGGGGAGCCCGGGAGAGAGGCCACGCGCCGAGCCAUGCACCGGGAGCAAUAGCAGGAGGAGUGGGCCGCAUGGAGCGCGCUGGGGCGCGGGGACAGCGCUGUGGCCGGCGCCCCCAUGGGCUCCCGCUCGCGCUCCGGCUGGCGCUGCUGCUGGCCGGGUCGCCGUCGGGCCGCGCGGGGGCUCCCGAGGAGCAGGAGACCGCAGCGUCCGGCACGGUGGCACCGGCGGGAGGGGACCGCUGCCGCGGCUAUUACGACGUGAUGGGCCAGUGGGACCCGCCCUUCAACUGCAGCUCGGGCGUCUACAGCUUCUGCUGCGGCACGUGCGGCUACCGCUUCUGUUGCCACGACGGCCCGCGCCGCCUGGACCAAAGCCGCUGCUCCAACUACGACACACCGGCCUGGGUGCAGACUGGCCGGCCGCCUGCCCGCGCCCGUGACACCGUCGCCCCGCGCGACCCUGCCCGCGAGCGCAGCCACACUGCGGUCUACGCGGUGUGCGGUGUCGCCGCGCUACUUGUGCUGGUCGGCAUCGGGGCACGUCUGGGCCUGGAGCGAGCGCACAGCCCCCGCGCUCGGCGCACGGUGACCAGGACACUGACAGAACUUCUCAAGCAGCCAAGCCCCCAAGAACCAUUGCCUCCGCCUCUGGGUCCACCCCUGGGUAACUGUGUGCAGGUACAAAUGGGUGACGGUGUUCUCCGGGGUUCCCCCCACAACAGCACAGACAAGAAACGCCUCAAUAAUGUGCCUCUGGGGUCCGUCACCCCGGGACCCCCGCGCGGCCCGAGGCUGCAGGGUGGUGGCAGUCUGACUUUGCAGCCUGACUACUCCAAGUUUGCUACUCUCAAAGCAGCUGCGCUCAAGGCCACAGAGGCUGCACCCCAGGACUUCUAUCAACGUUUUUCCUCUACCGAGACGGGCCCGCGGACCCUCCCUGCACGGGCCCCGCGGCCUCCGGAGGACUUGCCUGCGCUGCUCGACGCCUGUCCCUGGGCCCCUCCGGGUUACGUACCUCCCGCCGGCCCGGUCUCAUCGGUCCCUUAUGCCGCCUGGACUGCCGGCCGCCCCGCGAGGCCGCUGCCCCGUAGCCACUUGGUGGCUCAGGUCUCCCCGGCGCCCCGGCGGCCCAGCCACGCGCCGCGGCGUCAGUUCAGCGUGGAGAAGCUGCCGGAGGCCUUCAGCGCGCAGCCCGCGAGCUUUUACAGCAGCGCGGGCAGAGGACCCCGGCACCUGAGCACCAACAGCAAAGCUGAGGUCACUGUCUAAAGCGGCACCAUUGGAGCCUUCUGCAGGGUCCUGGGCCCCAGGUCGUUGAGUUACAGUGCGGGCUUCAAUACAAACAGAAUGAGGACAUUCGGAGCCUGUGGCUAAAGGGCCAAAAGGGUAGGGCCAGGUGUUCUCUCCUUGGGAAUGUAGGGCUAUCCUUACCUAUGUAAAUAAACCCUCUAAUGUGGUUCCUGUCCCAA